UGACGCUGUCGAAUCGAAACAGUCACAGUUUAGCACUCGUUUCGAGAAGAUACAUAUAAAUUUGCUCUACUAUUAGAAAUCGUAUAUCGGACAUCGAAGACAUUUAUAUAAAGUUGGCAUCACUAAGAAUUCAAUUACAACUACAAUUAUUACUAUUUUAUUUGAUGCAUCCUUGCAAUUGGUGAUCAAAUACGUGCUGCUAAAAUAGUGUGUGAAAAGAUAUAUACACAGAAUUAAUAAUGUCUUCAAUCAAGAAAAACUUAGAAGAAACGUCUUCAGAAAAUUCAGAGAAUGAUAUGAAAGUACUUUUUAAUUGUCAUUGUCGUACAACAUUGAAUUACUAUAUAUUUGAAUAUACAUGGAACAUUGCUGACUUUUGGACAAUAUUCAAAUUUUUAUCAAAUUUAACAACUCCUGACACUGGAAAUCUACCUUUUAAGAUUAGAGCGUAUUUUGAUAAGAAAAAUGAUACAGUGCGCUUUUUCAGUUGUAGUAUUGGACAAAUAAAAUUUUAUGUUAACUUUUAUAUUCAUAUACAAACUAUUAAAGGACCAAAAAUGGCUGUAAGCAAGGAAAAUGUUUAUUUAAAUAACGAUAAGUUCAUAUAUGGUAUAGAUCUAGCAUGCAUUCGUGAUGAGAUUACAAUAUACAUACCUAAUAACACCCUUGCAGUAUACUUUAAAUUCGAAAUACCCGAAAGUGUAUCACACAAAACUAUAUAUGAAACUAUGUUAGAAUCACAUACGUCUAUGUUAAAUACGUUUGUUCUAAAUGAGUCAGAUUCAUUCGUUACAUUUGUAGUAGAAGAGAAACAUAUUUCUAUAAACAAAAGUUUACUAUGUUCAAAAAGUAAUGUCUUCGAAGUUAUGAUUAACAAUGCUGAAAGACAAGUGAAAGAAAAUGAGAAUCUUACAAUAGAAUUAUGCGAUAUUACGUACGAUGUUUUGAAACAUUUAUUGCUUUAUAUAAAAACUGGUAAUCUAGAUAAUCUUAAUGAUCUUAAGGAAAAUGUAGAUUAUAAUAUAGAUACAGUAACGGAUAUAGUAUACAGCCUUAUUGUAGCAGGUAAUAACUAUAAUAUAAAAGAUCUCAUAUUAUCAUGUGAAAAACUUUUAAUACGAAAUACAUCCGAAAACAAUGUUGUAAAACAUUUGCAUAUUGCGCAUGUAAACAACGCAAAGUUACUUGAGAACUAUGCCAUAAGGUUUAUUAAAUUAUAUGAAAAUAGUAUUGUAAAAAAAUCAUGUUUUAAAAUUUUAAUGGAUAAGUAUCCUAAUUUGUUAAUAAAUAUUCAAGAAGUAAAAUUAAAUACCGUAACAAUUCCCAUUGAAUAAUAAAUACAAAUUUUCAAUUUAUUUAGAUCAAAUUGCAAUUAGAUUAUUUCUAAUAAAAUAAGUAGGUAUAUUGUUGGGACUUUUAAUCCUCAAAAGAAACUUUUGGUAUCGGCUGAAAGUCUUAACAAUAUACUUUAUUUUGAUUCCAAUAAAAUUUUUCUAGCAUGUUAUAUAUUGUAGUUAUAAUAUAAAGUUCGUGAAAAAAACCCUUUUUGCAACUUUAAUUAAAAAUUUCUCUAAAUUGUGAUAUGAUAGAAUAAUUUAGAAACCAGAUUUGUAUUUAGCAUCCAAAAAACUAUAAGAAAUGACUAGUCUUGUUCCGGUUAAUUUUUUUUUGUUGAACAGUGUAAUAGAUGAUUUAAUGUGCGUGUAUCUUGUAUAAGCGUUAUUAAUUUUUUUUAUAGAAAUGAAAAAUUAUGUAUAAUAUUA